ACACACAAAGAGCUGACGAUAGGACUAUCCAGAUACACUAAUUAGGAAAAAAACUUUAUUCAAUUCAAAGAGUUUAAAGGAAGUUCCUCUGCAACAGCAGCCAUGGUUCUGGAGAACGACUGUGACUCUGUCUUCAACCCCCAAAUCACUGAGGAGCAUGUAGAGACUCAGUACGGGAACCUCCACUGUAUCAUGAGCGGGACACCAAAGGCAAAUCACCCUGUCAUCCUGACCUUUCAUGAUGUUGGACUUAACUACAAGUCCUGUUUUGAGAGCCUGUUUAAUCAUCAGGACAUGCAGGAAAUCAACAGACAUUUUCCUGUUUGUCACAUUGAAGCACCAGGACAACAUGAGGCAGCCAAAACUCUGCCUGCUGCUUACACCUAUCCUUCCAUGGAUCAGCUGUCUGAAGCGCUGGCCUCUGUCCUCAAACAUUUUGGGUUUCGUAGUAUAAUUGGUCUGGGAGUGGGAGCAGGAGCAUACAUCUUGGCUAGAUUUGCUCUGAAUCACCCUGAUUUGGUGGAUGGAUUGGUUCUGAUCAAUAUCAACCCCAAUGCUAAGGGCCUAAUGGACACUUUUACAAACAAGAUCACUGAAUGGACCCAAACCCUACCAGAUGCAGUCAUUGCCAACUUGUUUGGAAAGGAUGAGAUCCAGACCAAUCAUGACCUCAUCGCUACAUACCGUCAUCUCAUCACAACAACGAUGAACCAGUCCAAUGUCAGUCAGUUCUUCCGCUCCUACAACCAUCGCAAUGCUCUAGAGGUGGAAAGACCCAUUCCUGGAGGAAACAUCAACGUCAGGACUCUCAAGUGCGCCGCUCUGCUAAUUGUUGGCGAUAAUUCUCCAGCUGUGGAUGUUGUGGUGGACUGCAACUCUAAACUCAACCCCACCACAACCACACUGCUUAAGAUGGCGGACUGUGGAGGACUUCCUCAGGUGAAUCAGCCAGCCAAAGUGAUUGAAGCCUUCAAAUAUUUCAUCCAGGGCAUGGGAUACUUGUCCAGUGCCAGUAUGACCAGACUUCGCUCACGGACGACGUCCAGUUCAAGCCUUAUGUCCUUGGACGGCCCUCGAAGUCGUGCACACACCAAUGAGUUGCAACGUGGCCAAAUACAUUCACGCGGCAAUGAGGAGAAGCGUGUGCGCUCGCACACCGAUGUCUCCAUGGAUAGCAUUUCCAGUAUGAACCAGAGUGUCUCAAAGGCCACUGAAGUGGCGUGCUAGAGCACAGGCUCCUCUAAGCUCCAUGCACUUUAUACAAAUUAUACCUCAUUAUAUGUAGCCAGGUGUAUCAUACAGUCAUCUUUACUUUCCCAUCUCUACCCAUCUUCAUCCAAUUAUGCCCUUUCAUCUGCACUAUCUCUGCUUGAAAGGCCACAAGAUAUGCUUCUAUGUGACUUUCCUCCAUCCCUCCAUUCCCCCUCGAAUUUCCACUCUGUAUGUCCUUAUCCCUUCACUACUCUGCAUUCUUUCUAGUCACUACUACUUCAUCUUCUCCAAAGCCUCCUCCUCUGUAUAUUGCAGUUUACCUUUACCUUUUUUCACUUGGUCUCUAUUCCUGUCCUUUUCUUCCCUCUGUCACUGACCUUUUAACAGAGAUUAUACUGCAAACAUCCUUGUUUACUAUUUAUUAUAAGAUACAGUACAUGAGAAAAUCAUGUAAUCUGAAAUGCAUUCAUUGAAAUUUUAAGUAUAUUCACUGUAGAGAUUGUAAUAAAGAUGUAAAAUAUGGA